UAUCGUCAUAACUGAAUAAGUUAAUAUUCUUCUGACCCCAUCAUAGCUUCAACCUACAAAUGCGAGCUAAUCUCCCGCAGCAAAGCAGUUAAAAUAAUUGAUGAAGGAAGACUGAAUUCCCUGGAGGAAAAAAGGUGCUGAUUUCAGCCGUGCAGCGUCAGUAUUACGUCAGUUUGGUUUUGGUCCACGUCUAGAGCUUCAAAGCUAGCCAGUCAGAUCACGGCCUCGUAAGGAAAAGUCUUGACGCUACAGGAGGUCUACCCAUCAUUUCAUCUGUUCUGUCUUCUUAAAAUUUAUUUUUACAUUUAUUUUCCGGAAAAGACAGUAGGAAACUGCUUUAGCUUUGCUAACAUUUCACUGAACAUAGUAUAACGGAAAAUGGCUCCCAUUACUUCAAGCGAAGUGGGUAUAGAUGAAAUCCCUGCAGUCAUUGGAAUAGCCAGUGCUUUUGGUCUUAUAUUUACCAUGUCUUUAUUUGCCUGGAUAUGCUGUCAGCGUAAAUCUGCAAAAUCCAAUAAAACUCCACCAUACAAAUUUGUUCAUGUGUUAAAAGGAGUAGAUAUUUACCCAGAAAACAUAAACAGCAAAAAGAAAUUUGGGGCAGAUGAAAAAACUGAAAAAACAUCUAAGCAUAUAGUGCCGAAGAAUUCCCUGCAUCUUGAUCUAGAGAAAAGAGACCUAAAUGGUAACUUUCCGAAGCCUCAGACCAAAGUCAGGAGUUCUCCAGACCUUGAUUCUGUAUCACAGAACCAGUUUUUAGAGGGGCAAACAGACUGCCUUUCUCCAGAAAGUCUUCAUUCAACUAAUUCACUCUCCCCUUUAGAAAGAAAGGAGCAGUUUGGGACUCUUAUUUUUUCAUUAGAGUAUAAUUUUGAGAAAAAAGCAUUUGUUGUUAAUAUUAAAGAAGCCUGUGGGUUACCUGCAAUGGAUGAUCAAUCUAUGACAUCUGAUCCUUACAUUAAAAUGACAAUUCUCCCUGAUAAAAAGCACAAAGUUAAAACCAGAGUCUUAAGGAAGACUUUAGAUCCGGCAUUUGAUGAGACUUUCACCUUUUACGGUAUUCCAUACAGUCAAGUUGAAGAUUUGGCCCUUCAUUUCAUGGUUUUGAGUUUCGACAGAUUUUCCAGAGAUGACAUCAUUGGAGAAAUCGUUGUUCCUCUUCAAGGAAUUGACCUAACUAAUGGCAGAGUGCUAAUGAUCAAGGAAAUCAAUAAAAGAAACGUUAAGAAGUCCGUCGGACGUGGUGAAUUGUUGGUAUCUCUUUGUUACCAGUCGACUACAAACACUCUGACCGUGGUUGUAUUGAAGGCCCGGCAUCUUCCUAAAAUCGAUUCAUCUGGAUUGUCAGAACCUUAUGUCAAAAUCAACCUGUACCAUGCCAAGAAAAGAAUUUCAAAGAAGAAAACUCAUGUGAAGAAGAGUAGCCCAAAUCCUGUUUUUAAUGAAUUAUUUGUCUUUGACAUUCCCUGUGAGGACCUUCGGGAUGUCAGCGUUGAGUUCUUAGUUUUGGAUUCUGAUCGAAUGUCCAGGAAUGAGGUUAUUGGACAAUUAGUUCUGGGUGCACAGGCUGAAGGAACAGCAGGAGAGCACUGGAAUGAAAUCUGCGAACACCCAAGAAGGCAGAUAGCAAAAUGGCACAUGCUGUGUGAUGGUUAAAAUUACAGAAUUCAUAAAAGAACAGUUCCUUUUCCAUUGUUUGGGUUUAAUAUUUAUUUUUACAAAAUAAGUACUUAGUCUAAACUAUGAAGAGUGUCCUAUUUCAACUGAGGAUAGAAAAUGCUUUUGUAUUUAUGUUCCACUGAAUCAGUAAAUGCCAUCAUUACAAACAGCCAAGAAUUAUCAUUCCUGAACUGGGACAGUAAAGGGAACUUGAUUGCUUUUAUACAUAAUACGAAGCAGUCAACCCGUAUUGAUUCCCCUUUCACAGCCUUUAAGUCAGAAUAAUGAGGGUGAAACUGGUUAUUCCAAAGAGUGUGUUCCUUUUGAUUUUGUAACUGAAAUGGUGUAUUACACACUGCACAAUGCUGACUUUCGAGGUUUUACUUUUGAAUGUAUAAUGUAGUUAGAAACUUGAAUUUGAGAAUAACAUAUGCCAAAGCCACUGGCAUGUUGACUGUGUAAUUAUAGUGAGCAAAAAUGUCUGUCAAAAAACCCUCUUCCCCCAAGUUCUAGUAAUGUACAGAAAGUACUUCAGUAAAAUGAAAAAAAUAGUUGUUUUACUGGUGCGUAUCACAGUGAAGGACCGAUAUAUUGGCUUGUGCAACAUUUAUUAGCAUUUAUGGAACCUUUGGUCCUGCUAUGCAAUGUGUAAGUUUGUGUUGUAUGAUUUGUCUCUAGAUGUGACUUAUAGUGAAUGAAAGAAUGAAUAAAUGUAAUUCAAAUGAUUACCAUACCUGUGUAAGGGCACUCACCUAUAAGAAACAACUGCUUAAUUAUACAGAACUUUGUACCAUGUGCCAAAGGAUGUUCUGCACACAUUGUAACACAUCUCAGCUGAAUGGCCAUUUAGUUUGCCUGUUUUCAGAACUUUCGAUAGUGUUGCAAGAUGAUGGUUUGUAUGUAGAGGAGCAUGAGAAACUCUUCUAAUCCUUAAGGCAACAGUGACACACGUGUUUUAUUUUAUUAUGUUCAUAUUUUUUUAGUCUGUGUUUAAAAUACUUCAGUAAGAUACUAUUGCCCAGAGCCCCCUUGCACAAAAAAAAAAAAACACUGUGUAGGAUAAGACCAUCAUUUAUUUACAACUAAACAUAUGAUUAGUUCCAUAACACUCAAAUGUCAUAAAUUUCAACAUAACAAAUUACCUUCAUCCAACUGCCAACUAUUAAAGCAGUGUUUAAUCAAUCCACUCACUUACAGUUAACCUCCCAUUAGAAGCACAGUGAUAUCACAUACUUAUAUAAUAAACACCUACAGUAUACCACCCCAAACAUAAAUAAAUGAGCAAGGGGAACAGAAAAUGGGUUCAUCACAGUCCCUUUUCUCUAUCUUUGUGCACCCCCGAUAUCCAUCAUAAACCCCCAAACUUCUAAAUAACAUAGCAUAAACAGAAGACAGGGAGGGCGGGCUCAGUAAGCCUAGACCAGAAUCUGACCCCCCCCAGCUGACAGUGACUGUAUAAACCAACCAACUCCUCAGUCAGUUAACCCUAUCUUCCCAUUACCCAUCCUAACACCCUACACCAUUGCCUGAUUUCACACAAUCCAGCCAUUCCCCCCUCCCUACUGUGGUGUCUCUGGACAAAUUAAUCUGUGUCCAGACUACAUUUGUCCAGAACCCCCCCCCCCCCCCCCCCAGUACAAAAAAAAAAAACUCCACUCCAUUUAGGAUAAGAUGAACAUUUAUUUAACAACUAAGCAUGCAUUUAGGAUAAGAUGACCAUUUAUUUAACAACUAAACAUAUGCUUAAUUCCAUAACACUCAAAUGUCAUGAAUUCCAACAUAACAGAUUACAGUAGACAGUGUUACCCGGUCACCUUUAUCCAAUUAUUAACAUAAAGCAGCAUUACAGCAGUCUCCUCGCUUACACUCAACCUCCCAUUAGAAGCAAUGUGAUAUCACUUCUGUCAAACAACCACCCUAUGCCAACCCAAAUAGAAAUAAAUGAGAAGGUGGAACAGAAAAGGGGUUCAUAACAGCCCUAAAUCUCUGCCCACCAGCCUGAUAAUAGACUUUUCUCCCUUUUAUGCAAUGACGUAAUCAAAUUCUUUAGGAACAGUUUCCCCCCGAACUGACAAUGAUUGUAUAAUCCAACUAACUCCUCCUUACCCCUUACUUCACUUCCUGUCUACACCAUCCUUCCUAUCAGCUAGUUAACCAUUAUUUUCCCAUCAUCCAUCUUAACUCCCUACCUCAUUGCCUGAUUUCACACAAUCCAACCAUUUCCCCACCCCUUUUCUAACUGCGAUGUCUGAACAAAUAAGUCUAUAUCCAAACUACAUGAAGAAGAUCAGAUUUUCAGAGCUGUCUGCUAAUGCUAGGUUGAAGAAUUAUAUUCUGGCAGCUGUAAGCUUUUUGCGUUUUUAUGUAUUAUUGUCGAAGAGCAUAGUUUGACACCCACAUAAUGUGUGUGCAGAGCAAAAUGUUGCCAUGCUCAUUCUGAUUCUGUUUGUUUUUUUAAGACAGAUCUCAAAAUGAAGCAUGCGUGUACAGCAAAGGAAGUCUUGUCUUCUAUAGUAUCCAAGAUGUAACAUAUGACUUAAGCCAAUUCAAGUAAAAAAUGUUAAGUAUUACUGGUGAACCAGCAACAAGGAUAAUGAUUCACAUUUUCUGUAAAGUUUGAGAAAGAUAACUGAAUGUAGUGAUGCCAUGGGGGAAUAUCUUCACAACUGGUCAUCACUAAGGUUAGCUUCCAUUGUACAUUGCUUGAGAAUCAUUUUUUCAAAGAUGGAAGUAAUAGAGGCAGCUAAACUGUGUGGUGUUUGGCUGUCUGUCUAUGGUGCUGAUAUUCUGCAACCUAAAAUGUUUAGAUGCAGUGCUCUUGACUGCUUAGUGGCUAUUCUGCAGUUAUAUUGAUUUGUCUCCACUUGUCUGUGUGUCUCUGAAGGGGUUGUGGAGGGGAGUCAGGCCAGUCCAGCUGAAUUCCCAGAAGACCUUAAACAUGCACUAAUGCUCGUCAUAAAUGAGAACCUUAAACAUGCACUAAUGCUCGUCAUAAGUGAGAAUGGGGGCAUGUCACUUUGUGGUGCAAUGUUCUUGUUUUCCAUCUCAUAUCUGACUUGCACAAAACCACUGUAUCUUCACAAUAUGCAGCAACAGCAGGUGUAUCACUACAUUGUACUGUGAGUUUGGAAUAGAUCUGAGGAUGAGAACAUGUUAACCCCAAAACGGAAGUAAUGAACAUUGUUAAUUAAAACAAACUGCAUUACUAAAGUUUUCAUGGCAUGGUAUUAGCAGUUUUUAAAGGGUUGUUGUUGUUGUGAUGUCUUUCGGCUUUUCCCGGUUAGGGGUCGCCACAGCGUAUAGUUGUAAAAAGAGAUGGUAUAAGUAUAUACACAAUUAAAUAGAAAAAUAAGACUUUAUACUCUGUAACAGGUUGGAGGUAUGUGGCAUAAACCAGGCUGUACAAAAUACAAUGAAGUUUAUGCUGAUAAAGAGGGCAUUUGUUUACUGAUUGUGAUAUCUUACAAGUAUUUUUUUACAAGUCUGUUAUAAUCAUACGUCUCAACUGUCCAGAUUUUCGCAGAAUGUCCAGAUUUUUCCAUCUUAUUUUUGGUCUGUUCCUCAUAAAAUUGUGGUUUUAUAGCAAAUCACUGAGUAUUCAAGUUGCUAAAUAAUACUAAAUAAUGAAAGGUAUUUGAGUUUCAGACUUCAUAUUCUUCCAAAAAUAUAGAUAAUAAUGCAACAUCUGUAAUUCUUGCAAGUUUUUGUUAAUAGGAGCAAUAUUGCCCCCCCCCCCCAUUAUCAUGUUGAGCAUCUUCUCAAUACUGAAUUGUAUUGAAGCCAAUGUAUAGUUAAUGAAGCAAAAAAGUCAGAUUUUAAGAAGAAUGAACAGUGUAAAACUGUUCAUAAAAAGGGUAGGUUUCUGUGCUUAUCAGUGCUGUUAAAUUGCCUUGUGUAGAGAAAUCAUCCGUUUAAGAUGUAAAGUGUGCCACUAGGAACAAUAAAUUCCAAUUCAGAAGACUGGUGUGCUGUAAUGUAUAGUACCAUUGCUUGCAGUUUAUUGUAGAGGGUUAAUGUUGUAUGCCAUUAAGGCAGAGUUUCAUCUUAUACAGCUGAUUUUCAUUUCCCUCAGAUUCUAUAGUGAGAUUGCAAGUAAGUCACUUAAAAAAACAGUGCUGCCUGGUCACUUCUGACAGCGAAAAUGUUACAUAGUUAAUCAAGUAAAUAAAGUAAAAAAAUAGAAAUUAUAAAUGGUUAAGUUGUUUAACUUCAUUGAAGUAUCUAUAUUUUUAUAUAAAUUAAAAUACCUGAGACUUAUGAGUACAAAGAUUAUGCUUUGAGUGUCUGUGUUUAAAAAAAAAUGUUUUAUUUUGGUAAUGAAGUGCUCAUGCAGAUGAAUUGGCUAGUGUGUUUGUUCUUCAUAUUAACUCAAGUAAAUGCCCGUUCCACAUUCAUAGACCGUUGUUAUGUAAGCAGCACAUUAUGCAAGAGUAAAAAUUGUUAAAACAGUAAAAGGCAAACAUGGAAAUACAUUGUGACAGCCAGAGCCACAGCCACUUAAAAGAUAUUCAUGUUUGUGAAUGUCUAUCUUUCAUGAGUGUCCAUAUUCACCACUGGAUAAUGUUUUUCCAGUAUUUUACAAUAGUUGAAAAGCACCUAAGCAGUUCAGUGACUAUAACUGUACUAUGUAAAAUGGGCUGGCAUUGUCUAAUGAUAAACUACAGCUGUCUUAAUUUAAACAUUUUCUUUCAGGUAAGCUAACAUUACACAAAUAAGAUAGUGCUGAACAUUUCAUUGUGGUAUAUACUCAUUUGUUCUGUGAUAAUAUCUUCAUUUUCAUCAGCCUCUCUUACUGUGUAUUAGGAAAUGUGUGCACAUGAAUGUGUGCUUUAUUACAGUCUUUCAGUAUCACAAAGGAUGUUUCCUAUGUAAAGCUCUUAAAAAAGCAAGGUGACUGUAAAUGUCAGUGUAUGUGCACAAUUAAUAUGCUGUAAAUAUAAGCAAAAUAAGUCUUAAGUAAAAUUUUGUUUCUGUUGUUGAUAAUAUAAAUUUUUCGAUACUGAUACUUCUGUAAAUCAAUCUUGAAAAUGUAUCAUUGAGCACUAUUUAGAAGUAUGUAAUUAACAUGCAUUUUAGUACAAUAAAAUGAGAUCAUUAUAUGGAUAUACAUGCACUAUGAAAUGUCAUGUACUGAGUACUUUUCAUGAUGUCAUAAAAGUAAAUUCUUUUACAAACUG